AUGGACGUCAAUGAUCGCCGAGACCAUCAAAAUGGGAAGAUAGCGUUUCUCUUCUUGACACGUGGGCCACUCCCAUUCGCCCCGCUCUGGGAGAAAUUCUUCGCGGGGCAUGAGGGCCAUUACUCUGUCUACGUGCAUGCAUCCAACACCUCCUUCGCCUUCCCCGCUGACUCGCCGGCCAUUUUCAAAAACAGUCUCAUUCCAGGGGGAGAGGUGCGAUGGGGGGGAAUAAGCAUGGUGGACGCGGAACGGCGGCUGCUGGCAGCGGCGUUGCAGGACCCCGACAACCAACACUUCGCGCUUCUCUCCGAAAGCUGCAUUCCGCUGUGGUCGUUCGAUUUCGUUCACCAAUACGUCGCCUCCACCUCUGUCAGCUUCGUCGAUUCCUACCCCGACCCGUACAACGCAACCUUCCGCCGCUACAUCCCGCACAUCUUCAAGCCGCUGGUGGGCGCGCAGGACUACCGCAAGGGCAACCAGUGGUUCGUGCUGCAGCGCCGCCAUGCACAGCUGGUGGUGCAGGACACGCAGCACUACGCCGUGCACAACCGGAGCUGCGCGUUUCGGUUUCAAUGGGGGAAGGUGUGCUGCGCCGAUGAGCACUACAUCCAAACCAUGCUGCAUAUGCAAGACCCCAAGGGCAUAUCCCACUACCCGACGACCUUUGCUGACUGGAGUGCGAACGAGUGGCACCCGAGGUUCUACCAUGGGAGCAACACCACGCAAGAUGUGAUCCGGAUGAUCAAGUCCGCCACGCAGUUUGUCACUUUCCGGUCCUUCUGGCAAGACUUCUCAAGCAACUACUCACAUACGAAUCAUACGCAGCAGGCCACCAUCGAAGCUCAUGUUGACGCCAGCGCCACUGCGGGUGCAGCCAAAGAGAAGCUGCCACGUCAGCCCCUCCCGCCCGUCAUUCAACCCCCACCGCCCCAGUCCGGCGCAAUGGUACUCGAGGUUCCAGGAGCCGGGUUUUGGCUGCGGUUUUCCUACUUGACGCAGCGAGGGUAUUAUCCUGAAGCUCCUGGAAAGGCGAAUCAGGACAGCUUCUGUGUGGUACCCCAAUUCGGAGGGCUCCCGUCGGACCACCUUUUUGGCGUGUUCGACGGGCACGGGGAGCAAGGCACGCCGUGCUCGCAGUUUUCCCGGGAUGUUCUUGCGCGGAACCUUCUGAACCACCCUGCGUUGGACGCGGACGUUCCCAGGGCGUUCAGGGACGCGUUCGUGACGACAAACGUGGAGCUGCACCGAUCGCACGUGGACGACACCAUGAGCGGCAGCACGGGCAUCGCCGUGCUGCUGCGCGAUCGCAUGCUGUACGCCGCUAACGUGGGGGACUCGCGCGCGGUGCUGGCGGAAUGGCACAUGGACGAGGCCGCGGGUAGGGGAGACGGAGAGGGUGCCGAGGGAGCGGGCGGAGGGGAAGGGCGAGUCGGGGGAGACGGCGGAGCAGCAGAAGGAACGAGAAAAGCUGGUGAGGAUGGAGCUGUGGUCGCAGAGGGGCAAGAAGGAACAGGAGGAACAGGGGGAGGAGGAGGAGCAGACGGGGCAGGGGGAGAAGCGGGGAAAGGAAAGGAGAAGAAGCAGGGGUACUCAGCGGGGGGUGCUACGCUGCGCGCAGUGGACCUCUCGAGCGACCAAACCCCCUUCAGAGCGGACGAGUGCGCGCGCGUGCGCGCAUGUGGCGCGCGCGUGCUAACCCUAGACCAGCUGGAAGGGCUAAAGGACCCGGACGUGCAGUGCUGGGGGGGGGAGGACGACGAUGAUGGGGAUCCGCCGCGCCUGUGGGUGGCGAAUGGCAUGUAUCCUGGGACGGCGUUUACAAGGAGUCUGGGGGAUUCGGUGGCGGAGCGGAUUGGCGUGUGCGCGGAGCCUGAGGUGCUCACUGUGGCGCUGUCAGAGCGGCACCCGUUCUUUGUGAUUGCGAGCGAUGGCGUGUUCGAGUUCCUGAGCAGUCAAGAUGUGGUUAACAUGGUGGCGCGGCACAACGAUCCGUUUGCAGCGUGUGAGGAGAUCGUGGCGGAGUCGUACCGGCUGUGGCUGCAGUAUGAGACGCGCACGGACGACAUCACCAUCAUCAUCGUUCACAUCGACACCGAGAUGCCCGACAGCACCCUAGAAGCAGUGCAGCAGGGGGCAGCCCGCACCACGUCAACAGGCGUGCCGCUUCCACCCCCCACGCCGCCGCUGGUGCUGCCAACAUCCACAGCUCUACGCUCCAUGCUGGCGGAUCUGGGUGCUUUCCAGCGCCGCAUCAUUGAGGGCACCGACUUUGACCGCCCCCCCGCUGAAGACGACUGGUCGCCGCCCGCUGAUGUGGCUGCCACGGCUGCUCUUGUGGAGCACCAGCUGGAGCACGCGUUGCGAGGAAACUUCCUGUUCCACAGCCUGUCGCACGAGCAGCAGGACUUGAUGCUGCAGUGCUUCCAGAAGAUGGACGUGGGGCCGGGCGACGUCGUUAUCCAGCAGGGCGACGUGGGAGACAAGUUCUUCAUCUGCCAUCAUGGGGACUUUGACGUGCUCGUGGCCACGGAGCAGAUGGAGGAGGACCCUCUAGGAGUGGUGGUGCAUCGCUACAUUGCCAAUGACAAGCACAUGCCCAGCUUUGGGGAUCUCGCACUGAUGUACGGGACAAGGAGGGAAGCGUCGGUGCGGGCGGCGUCACGCGGCGUGUUGUGGUUCCUGCAGCGGGCGCUGUUCCAGAAGGUGCAGACGCUGGGGCUGGUGGCAGGCUCCGCAGAGAUGGGCCCUCCGCCCCGCCUGCUGCGCCUCCUGCGCUCCCUGCCCUUCCUCUCCCCCCUCUCCUUCGGCCAGCUGCAGCGCCUCGCGCUCUUCCUGCUCACGCUUGAGCUGAACGAUGGGGAUGGGCUGGAGAUGGAAGGGGGCACCGUGUAUGUGGUGCAGGAGGGGCGGUUGCUGGUGAAGGGUGAUGCGGAUGGGGGAAAGGAGGAGGAUGGGGAGGGCGAGGGGGAGAAGAAGAGUGAGGGUGAUGCGGGGACGGGUUUGCAGUAUUUUAACGAGGCGUGUUUGUUGGAUGGGGGCGAUGAUGGCACGAGGCCUGCGAAUGCAGACGCACAGACAGCGGCAGGUGUGGCAGGUGGGGAGGUAGAGGAGAAUGAGCAUCAAGGGAAGCAGCAGGAUGACGGAAGGCAGGGGCCAAGGAAGGCGGUGGCGAGGGGGCAGGUGCAGUGCUGGGCGAUUGAUAGAGACAAGUUUGAGGCAGCUGUGGGGCCGCUGAGCGAUGCGGUGCGGGUGGAUGCAGAGUGGUGCCGGUUUCAGGAGACACUGGCGGCAAAGAGGCAGGGGGAUGAGAUGCGACAGAUCCUGGAGGGGAUCGUGGCGGCUGAAGUGGUGAGUGGUGUGAGGCGGUACGAAGUGGUGCAAGGUGGUGAGUGGCAGAACGUGCUAGCGGCCAACGAGUGGAGUGAGGUGGUGCAGCUGCGAGUGCUGCUUUCUUAUACACCACCACCCCUCCGCCCCUCCCCUUCCCCCCCUCCCUCUGUGCAACAGGAGUGGCAGGACGUGCUAGCAGCCAACGAGUGGAGUGAGGUGGUGCAGCUGCGAGUGCAGAACGUGGGAAGGGUGUUUGCCAUGCGGCGCUUCGGAAAGACGCGCGUGGGGCUGCACGGCCGAAGCAAGCAGGUGCGCUCUCUCCUCUCUCUCACCUCACUGGGGCUAUGCUGUAUGCUUGAUGGGUGGGUUGGACCCACUGGAGUUUUGAAACAGGUCCAUCGGGAGCGCAAUCUCUUUGAAACCCUCUCAGCCAACCCGUUUGUGCCACCUGUCAUCACGCCGUACACCGACCAUGCCUCUGUGGGUCUGCUGCUGGACUGCCAGCUCAGCACGCCGCUGGCGCUGAUCAUGGGCGGCAGGGAGGGAGCAGGCGGGCAGGCAGGGCCCGACGUUUUCCCGCCACUGCCGGAGGAUGCCGCCCGGUUUGUGGCGGCGGGUCUUGUUGUUGCAAUGGAGCUGAUGCACCGGGACGGAGUGGUGUUUCGAGGCGUGUCACCCUCCACACUCUUCCUCGACUCUCGAGGCCAACUGCAGCUCCCCGAUCUGCGUUUCGCCAAGCGGCUGGAGGAUGGGCGCACGUUCACCAUGUGUGGGUCGCCGGACUUCGUAGCUCCGGAAGUCAUCGCAGGGCGUGGCCAUGGCGUGCCUGCUGACUGGUGGUCGCUGGGAGUGCUCAUAUUCGCUCUGCUGCACGGCGAGGGUCCCUUUGGCUCGUGGAGGGACAGCGAGCUGACAGUGUACACACGCAUCGCCCGCCACGCACUCUUCCUCCCCGACCACCUCCCCCCCGCCGCCUCCGCUCUCAUUCACCAGCUGCUCUCCCCGCGCCCUGAAGACCGGCUCGGGUGCGGCCCUGGCGGGGCUGGGGCUAUCAAGGCCCACCCGUGGUUUGCUGGCGUGCCGUGGGAACAGGUGGCAGCGCUGGAUUGGCCGGCGCCAGAGGAGCUUGUGAGGAGGGUGGGGGAGGUGCAGGGGGAGAGGGGGAGGAUGACGGAGGAGGAGAAGGGGGCUGGGGUGGCGGGAGAGGAGGAGAGUGCUGUUGGCCAAGGUAGAGAGGGGUCUGAAGAGUCGCUUUGGUUUGAGGGUUGGUGA